AUGGCGAAACGUGCUGUGCUGCCAUGGCUGCUGCUGGCCCUUUGCUUUGUGGCACUGAAACAGGCUUUUGUGCCCAACGCGGAACUGCGCACGGAAGAUCUGCAACACUUGCAACGCAGAGCUGCGCCUGAGGUAAGACCAUCGAUCAUCACGGCUUUCUUGAUCUCUGGCAUCUGUCUUCACACGCUUUGCGUGGCUUUCACCCUUUUUCACCCAGCAGCACAGUGGUCCGGCGAAAACCCGCUAGACCAAGAUUUGACUCCAGGAGCCCCCAGUUGCACGAUCCAGGAGACACAUAGCUCUUGCAAUUUCAGUGAUCACUGCACCAUUGUCUAUAAGCACACCGUUGGAUCCAUUGAGAUUCCUGUGCCCAUUGACAUUUUUGUGGUCCACGACAUUGCUGUGUUUGAGUUCGUCCCUGCAUUUUUGUACGUCCCUGAAUCCAAGGAACCCCUUGCCGGCCUCCACGGCCCCUUCUCAAACUUUGAGUUUGCGAGGUUCUUCUCUCAGGUCAAAUCAUUGAUGGCAAGUUCUGCAACUGGAACAUCAGGCAUCCCUCUGACAGAGUACAGAAAGGACUGCCCACCCGGCUGGUCACCAGGCCUGCCGGAUUAUCCACUGAAACUCUUCUUUGACAAGUUGAAGCUUUGGUAUCGGGUCUAUGAAGGCCCAGACGAGGCCGUAGGGCCUCUGAUUGCAGGCCGUUUACAAGGAAGAGCGCAAAAGAUUGCUCUCAACUUGCGCCUCAUCCGGCCUGAUGGCCAAUAUGACUUUGGAGAUUCAGCAUUGGUUCGUUUGACGGUGGAUGAAGUGAGAGAUCCAAACAACCCACAGGUCAUCCUCCAGAAUUACAUCCCGAGUGGAGUGACUGCUUUGGCAAACGCGUUGAAGGAAGCUUUUGGCCAGUCAGAUCAGGAGCUGACCACUUCAGCCCUUGAGGCCUUCUUCGAGCUCAGACGUGGAAAGCUUUCACUGCAGGAGUUCACAGCUGAAUGGGAGCUUCGCUACGAAGAAGCGCAGAUGAGAGCAGGGCUGGACAUCAACGACGUUGCCAAGACUUACCUGUAUUUCAAACAGUCAGGUUUGCCUUCCAAGUUCAUCGAGGAUGUGAAGCUUCAGAUCCAAGGAGACAUGAGCCGUUUUGCUGAAGCACGACGUUUGGCUCUUAGACUCAGCAGUCGCAGUGACCAUGGAACUUUGUCUCAUGACUUGUAUGCUGAAGUUCCUGAAUAUGACCACUACGACUACUAUGCUGAUCCUUGGGCUGAAUGGUUUCAAUGGGAUGCAUCAACAUACUAUGAUUCCUGGGAGACAGAUGAGUGGUCUCGAUCAUGGGACUACUACGAUGACUAUGAUUGGUAUGGCUACGAGACCCAGGCACAUGAUGAGUGGUAUGAUGCAUCUUCCGACUGGCAGAGUCCUGAGAAGAACACUGCCGAGACCUAUGACAUGUCCCAAGGAGAUCCACCAGCCGCCUCAGAAUCCAAUGAUCAACAGAGUCAGUCCCAGGACUAUUACCAAGGAGGUGAUGGUUGUUUUGUCUGUGGGUCGAAGUGGCAUCGAGCUGCGCAAUGUCCUGUCAGCCAAGGUAGUUCUCAGUUUGGCAAAGGAAAAGGCAAAGGACCUGGGAAAGGCAAGAAGGGUUUUGGUGGGAAGAGUGGCAAGGGCAAAGGCAAGAGACCUUUUCUGAAAGGAAAAGGCAAAGGAAAAGGCAAACGCCCAUUCAAAGGAUACUAUGAUGAAUACUAUGACUACAUGAGUGUGAGACGCCAGCCUGAUCAAGGUCUUCGACUUGGCGGUGAACCACACACAACCCCCAAGUCUUCUCAAGAGCCCAUCAUUCGACCCAGUCCCCCUCGACAAGUUGGGGAACUUUUCUCAUGGAAAGGGCCGUCAGCUUCGGCUGAUGAAGAGGGCGCCUCACAUGACACUCAUGAACAUGCACAUCAUGAAGAUUCAGCGAAGCGCUCACUUGCCUUUGUCACCAAUUUGCACACCAGCUCCUCUUGCUACCACACGGUGAAAGGCCACAAACGACGAGGCCUGCUCAUCGACCCAGGAGCUGCCGCCGGUUUGGUUGGCAGCGAGACUUUGCGAGACCUUCUUGAUGUUUGCUAUCAGGGCAACAAGCGGUCCCUGGUGACAUGGUCAGAGUCGCAGGCCACCAUCACUGGAAUCAGUGGAUGCCCAGACAAGGCACUUGGACGAGUUCACCUGCGACUUCCUUUUCAAGGCCUGGAUGCCACAUACACUGCAGAUGUGAUUGGCAAGGAAGGCUCACUUUGUCCGGCACUUGUCGGAAACCCAGCAUUAUGCGCCAUGAAGGCUUCACUUCAUUCAUGCUGGUUUGAAAACAAUGAUGGACUUUUGGUGACAUGGAACACGGAAAAGAAGGAGCCUAGCAUGCACCUUUUCAGAUGUUUGCUGACAGAUUCUGGGCAUUAUCUACUACCACUGGAUGAUCAUGCUGAGAUUCAUGAACCACAGCAACAUCAUGAUACCAAGAAGUUCCUUCGUCACCUGUCCACCAUUUCCAAUGAUCAAUGGCCAGAUCACCUUUUCAGUUUUUGGAGCUCAGCGACUGAGACAGCGGCAGACCCGAAGCAGAAGUGGAGUUCCGAUGAGCAUCCUGUGGCAACUCCUAGGUCCACUGCAGAGAUGCUCACGGUUGACAGUGUCAAGGCGCUGAACACCAAAGAAAAGACUGUGAGGUUUGCUGAGCAGUCCCAAUCAGCCAGUAAGACAGUUCAUGAAGAGGAACCUGUUGAAGGCGUUUUUGCGACCAACCUUUCUCACAUUCCCAUGUACACAUCAGAUGAGCUUCCAGAUCAUCUCUCUGAUGAUGAGAUUCGGCGACUCAAGAAGGACUACAAUGCCAUGCCAGAGGAGUUCUACACCAAGACUGGCAGGCGAGUGGUUACACCAUCGUUUUUUGAUCAGUGGUUCCAAGAAGCUCGCUCCAAGAAGACCAAGUGGCAUGGCUGGGAACUUUGUAGUGGGUCUGGUCGCUUCAGCCGCUUUUGUGUGCUUUCUGGUUUGACCACGGGUUUUCCAGUUGAUUUUCGCUAUGGUUGGGACAUUGGACUUCCAGAACACCAGAGAAUGCUUGAUCAAGCUUAUGAGGAAUUCUGCCCUGAUUUCCUCAUGUGCUCACCCCGAUGCAAGUUCUGGAGUGUCUCAGCAUCUCGUCGAGAUCGUCAAGAACUCAUGCGAGAUCGAGAAUCAGAAAGGCCAGCUCUUGUUUACAUGCAGCGAAAGAUGCAACAGCAGAACCAACGACGCAAAGUAUAUGUCCUGGAAAACCCCUGGAGCUCAGCCAUAUGGAGUGACAGUGUGAUGGCGGAGAACCAGAACAUGCCAGGAUACCGCAAAGCCAAGAGAACAGAUCAAUGUGCUUUUGGAGCAUGCGAUGAACACCGGCAGCCCAUCCUCAAGGCCACCGGCAUAGAAGCCAACUGCAAACUUCGUUCAACUCUUCGAAGGUGCAACGGCCAUCGCGGUGUUCCCCAUGUACCUCUUCAAGGACAACACAAAGGAGUCAACAGGACAGCAAUGGCAGCUGUCUAUCCUGUGAGGUUUUGCAAAGCAAUCAUCGAGGACAUGCUUUACAACCUCUACCCGCGUGGCUCCUUCAGACCCAAGUGCCUUGAUGCUGCACAACGAGCAGAGGUCAUGUACACCUGCGAGCGUUGCCAAUUUGGCCGAGGAGCUUUGCCUCACAUGGAGCACACCUUCAUGCCUGGUGAGUGUCGAUAUGGAAGAGAUCCAGACAAAGCCAGGCGGGUUGCCAAGAAGAAGCUCGAAUCUCAAGCUUCAAAUCCCAUGCUUGAUUUUCAAAAGUCAGCCAGGGAGCAUGCUUUGGCCAAAGACAUCACCAUCAAGAUUCCAGAGCAGUACGGGUUCACUCCUGAGGAAGCAGUGUACCUCAAGUACCUUUUCUGUCAAUUGGUCAAAGACAGCAUUGCAAUUCUUGACGAGAUGAUCAAGAAACAGACGUAUGUAUAUUGGGUGACUGAUCCAACUCUUCUCAUGGCUUCAAGACAUUUGUUUCGCAAGAUUCUUCAUGUUCACGGAGUACAAGUUGCUUUGCAUCCAUUUACGAAAGCCUUUCCAGAACCACAUCUUUCAGCAGAACAAGCACCACUGCGAAUCAUUUGCAGAGGCGUUUAUGAAUCUUGGCAGCUCUGCUCCAUGGAAGAUCUUCGAGAACUUUCGCCAGCACAACAGCGAGAAGCCAUUGAUGAAGAGGACUGGAUGAUCACCAUUUUUGGUCAUCAUGACAUUCCUGCUCCUCCUCAAGAAUCAGAUCCAGCAGAGACAGCACAGCCAUCCGCAUCCACACCGGCACCCUCAACACCAGCGCCGGGCACACCUGCACCUUCAGGAGGCCAGAAUAGCGAAGCGUCCACAGCAGUUGUGCCAUAUGAUGGAGUUGAUACCCAACCUAUUGCUGUUCGAGCCAUGAAGCCUCUCUACAGUGUCAAGCGAGUCCUACAACGGCUUCCUCAAGAAAUUGAGAAAGACACUGUGAUGGCUCGGCGUCUUUUGUUGGGUUUGCAUGAGAAGGUGUGGCACGCCAAUGCUGUUGAUUUUGCCAAUCUGCUCUUGAGGGCAGGAAUGCCUCCAAAGGUUGUUGAGAUGGCUCAUGCGGCAGUUGCUUCUUGUCAGAUCUGCCGACGAUACUCCAGAUUGCCUGCUCGGCCAAAGACCAAAGUAAGCUUGGCUGCUCAUUUCGGUGAUGAGGUGGAGACCGACAUCUACCACCUUUGGUCCAAAACCUUUUGCCUUUUGAUUGAUGUUGCUACAAGAUAUAAGGUGGCAUAUGAAGUUCCUAGUCGAGAAAUGUCAGAUCUUCUCAAAGGUCUUCUGCAUCACUGGAUACGCUACUUUGGGCCAAUGAGAGUUCUCACGACAGACCAAGAAAGCAGUCUUAUGUCACCAGCAGCAGGUGUGGAGUUCGAACGGCUUGGCAUCACCAGGAACCCCAAGGGAACCACUUCAGGAGAGGCUGGAAAACAACAUACUGGAACUGGCGUUGUCGAGCGCCACGUUGGCCUCAUCAAAUUAACAAUGCAGAAGAUGAAAGCCGAAUGUGAUCGCCAAUGUCUAGUGAUUGAAGACUCCGACAUAGCUGCAGAGGCUGGAAUGAGCCACAAUUUGUGUCUCAUCUAUGGAGGAUAUUCUCCAAGCAUGGCUGUGUUUGGCGUCAUUCCGAGAUCAUUCUAUGAGUUUGAGACGGCCAAUCUGACUGCAGUCAACGGAGCAGCUGACCGUGACCUGACCGUUUUUGAGACGGCCAUGAGACUGCGGCAGAUUGCUCUCAAUGCAGUUCAACAGGCCAUCCAAGAAGAUCGUUUGGCAAGAGCCAGCCAUACCAGGCCACAUCAAUUGGACCUGUCACAGCUUGUGCCAGGCACCACUACUGUGGAUCUUCAUCGAGAUGGAACAUGGAGAGGGCCAGCAGUUUUGCUUGAGAUUGACCAGUCCGAGGGCACUGCCAUCAUCAAGUACCAGGGCAAGCCAUACCUGGUAUCCCUCAGGUUCAUCAGGCCAUCGCAGGGCAUUUUCUACAAUAUUGACACUCAGGUCGGCACUGGUCUUUACAAGUUGAUGCGGAUGACUGAAGCCAUGCAGCCCUACAAACAGCAAGUUCUUGGAUACAAGCAGAUCUUGACCCACGCUGGAUUCCAAUGGAAAUCCAUUCCUGGUCACCCUGACGAAGAGCAGGCAGAACUACUCCAAGAAUUUCCUGCAUGGGCUUCAUGGACUGAGCAUCCCAUUCAUGGCAUCCUUCAUGGUCAAGCUCUUCGGGCUAUCACACCCUUUCAGCGUACACGGGGAACUCUUUUCACUUGGCAGAAAGGCACCACUGACUUUACGAGAACUUUCAAAGAGAGCGACCAGCAGAUGAAGCUGAAGGAGGUUCAUGAAGCACAUUGGGAAUCGUUGUGCGUCCUCUACCUCUACUACUACCCAAUCGCUUCAGAAGAGAGCUCCAUAUCCAGUGGGCCAUCAAUCAAGGUGAAGGAACUCAGCAUGGACCCCGAUCUUCCAAGACCUGCAGCAGUUGUUCCAGAAGUUCCAGCAGAUCCAGCAGUCGAUGAGAUGGAAGUGGACUCAAUACUUCCGCUCAAGAGACACGAGCCACCUGUUCAUUCUCGUUCAACAUCACCAUCGGCCAAGAAAACCAAGAUUGAGGGCAACUACACCACGAUCACCACAGAGUGUCAGAAUGCCCACACACUGCAUUGGCUUUUGGAUCGCCAACGGCAUCGACGCCUGUACAUGCAAGAUUUUUGGUCUCAGUGCUAUCAAGUUCCAAGAUGGUUCUCUCAUAUGACUUUUGACAUGGCAAUCAAUCAUUUCAAGGUUCGGCAUGAGCAAGUUUGUGAGCGACUAUGUCAGCCACUUGUCCAUCAAUAUUCAUCGAAACAAAGAAGCUUUUACGUUGACCUGAUGAAAGGCUGUUUUGUUUCCAUGACUGCAGAGGACAACAUAGCCGAGAAAGAUCUCCCAGACAUUUGGCCUCAGGUAGAAGAAGCAGAUGCAAAGGAGAUAGCGCAGUUUGUUCACGAGAAAGCUUUUCAGAAAAUCCUUUUGAGAGACGUUCCAGAGGGCACGGUCAUCAUUGAUGGCACAUGGGUCCGACGUUGGAAGCUCAAGAGUGGCAAGAGAAUCAUCAAGUCCCGCAUGUGUGCCAGGGGCUGUUUUGAUCCUCAGAAGGAUCUACUGGCCACGAGAUCCACCACGGCAUCUCGACUUUCGCAGCGUCUUUUGGUUUCAACAGCAGCUGUCAUGCGCGAAGAUCCUGAAUCAUGGGAUGUAUCUGGAGCUUUUCUUAAAGGCCUCACAUUUGAUCGGAUUCGUGAGAUCUUGCUCAAGCAAGGCGUUAAAACACCAGUUCGUGCAGUUGUCCUGGUUCCACCCUGGAACACUUGGCGCCACUUGGCUACGGUUGAUCAACAGUUUCAUGUGGAGCCAUGGGAAAUUCCAUUGUACAGUUUGUGGUGUCUGAAACCGAUCUAUGGCUUGAACGAUGCACCAGUUGCAUGGCAGUUGAGUUUGGGCCAGUUCCUGCAGAAGCAGUCCGGCCAUCACAGUAAGCUUGAUGACAGCUUCUACUGUUGGAAAGAUCCCAAAUGCACACCGCCUCUUUUGGGAACUUUGACCACACAUGUUGAUGAUCUUGCCAUUGUUGGAACAAAGCCUUUCAAGAACCAACUCUACAAGGCCAUGUGUGCAGAAUUUGGUCAGAUUUCUAGAGAUCAGCUUCCUUUCAUGCAUUGCGGAUGUCAGUACAGUCGUACGAAUACUGGUUUCAAGAUCGACCAAUCUACAUUUGCUGCACGUUUGAAACCUUCCGACAAUCCACCUGGUGAGGAUGAUAGAGACCUCACACCAUCUGAGCUUACACAGUUUCGUUCAGUGUUAGGUGGACUGCUUUGGUUAUGCAGCACUCGACUUGACAUCAUUGCAGAAGUAGGAACUUUGCAAUCAGUGAUCAUGAAGUCCAAAGUCAAACACUUACGCCAAGCGAACCAGUUGGUCAAGAAAGCUUGUUCACCAGACAAAGUUGGGCUAGGUCUUCAUUAUCGUUUCUUUGACAAGGACACCAAGUUUCGGAUCCAAUGCAUUCAUGAUGCCAGUUCAGCAACCAAAGACCGGAGUUACGCUCAAGAGGGACUUUUAGUUGUUCUGAUGCCAGAAUUGGAUGACGAGAUUCUUCGACAAGAUGACAUCACUUGCUCGUCUUCAGAUGUCCAGAAAUUGUGCAACUAUGGGCACCUUCUCUUUGCUCAUGGCGGCAAGGCGAAACGAGUGUCCUACAGCACUUCACAUGCCGAGACUCUUUCAGCCAUUGGGGGUCUUGAAGCUGGAAGCAUGGUGUCAGUCAGACUUACUGAGUUGUGGAUACCAGUGGUCAACCCAUCGCUGCAGACUCUGACAGCAUAUCAGGAACAUGGAUCGCGACUGUUUCCUGUAGAUGCCGCGACAGAUUGCAGAGAUUUUUUUGAGCUAUGUACUGGAGCUAGAGCUGUGCCGCAAGACAAACUUCAGCGAUUGUAUGUUCUUGCUAUCAAGGAAGCCAGGGCCACUGGCCGACUACGAUACUUGAUGCUCACACCCACAGAGUACAUGCUUGCUGAUGGCCUUACAAAGACCAUGACUGCACCAAAGUUGAUGCAAUUUCUCAGCACAGGUUUUGUUGAACUUGGAAACAUGCCGAAGCAUUCAACUCUGCUUCGCCGUCUUCCGAUUCUUGAAGAAUUGCACGAAGAGGAUUUGACCAAGGAUGACGAAACCAUUUGGAGAGAAGCUCGCGAAGGAAGAAAGACCACGACAAUGAAAGGCAUUGCUUUGAUGACAUGUUUAGGUUUGCGCGCCAAACAUUUAGCAGCCAUGAUCGCAUUUUCCACCAUGUUGCCCACGUGCGUAGAAGCUCAUGAGAGUUUCACAGGUGCGGCAGAAGAAUCAUCUGGCUAUGACCUGUUCUACAUGUUCAUCAUGCUCUAUACCAUCUUUCGAUUGGUAGAGUUUUGCUUUUGGAAGGUCCUAUGGUCCAUUUUCCCUACAUCCAAUCAGAGCGCUAUGUCCCCAAGUGUGUCUAGAUCAUCAUCUAAGUCCACGUCCAAAAGUUUGUCUUCUGAGAGGCUUUCUAGUUCUGAAUCUAGACCAACUAGCCGAAGAUUGAAUCUAGACGAUGAAGUGAUCACCAGACAGCGAAAGAUCAUCAAGACACCACCAGAAAUUUGGAUCACCGAGAAAGGCGACACAUACCACACCAAUCCGAAUUGCAAUGGCACCAACCAAGCCAAAACACUAGACAGGAAGAGAAUCUGCAAGUUCUGCGACAGAACCCAAAGCAGCAGUGGAGUUUGA